AUGUGGGGCCGUCGCUUGCUGAGCACCGCCUCCAGUGUCCGUCUCUGCCGCUGCACGUCCACUCGUCAACUCCUAGCUCCACUUUCAUCCCGACCACCAACACCCCUUUACCCUCAGUUCCGCAUGUCAUCCUCCACCUCUUCCACCCCCCACCCUCCUAUCCCCCCCACCUCGACCUCUUCGAACGCCGUGAUCCAGCUCACGGCAGACGAAGCGCACCUGUGCUCGCUACUCGUCUCAUGUGCCGACUGGGUUGACUCGAACCCCCAUCUCGUCGAUGCGCUGCGUCUCAAGGACCUCUCCACGGGGCAAUGGAUCGGCAAGACGAGGGGCCACGAACCUGUUGAAUUGAGAAUCGCUGGUGGUUGGGUCAGAGAUAAGGUUCGUCUUUGGACUCGAGGCAGGUUUUUCUGAAAAGAUUUCGAAGAACUGACCCCUUUUCCGCUUUCACUUUAGCUCCUGGGUCUCACAUCGGAUGAUAUCGACGUGUCGACGUCACCUGAUCCUAUCACGGGGUUGAAAUUUGCAACCUUGUUCGAGCAAUACCUCGCUUCGAUCGGUCAACGGGAUUUGGUAUGUCCUCUCGAUUAUCGACCCAAGAUUUCGCCCGACCAUUGAUCGCUUCCUCAUAUUUCUCAGAUGGGUCGUCUGACCAAGAUCGAGGCCAAGCCCGAACAAUCGAAACAUUUGGAAACUGCGACGGCCAAAGUCUGUGGCCUGUCCGUCGACUGGGUUCAACAGAGGGGGCAGGAGGUCUACACUCAAGGCAGCAGGAUACCGACUGUGGUAAGCUUUGUCUGUUCAUUCCAAGGUUCGCGGGGGUCGCAUAACUCACAUUCGUUACAACCGUACACGCGUGUACCAGGAGUUUGGUACCCCACUCGAGGAUGCCGAACGCCGCGACCUGACCAUCAACGCGCUCUUCUACAACCUGCGCACCCAACAAAUCGAAGACCAAACCCAAAAAGGCCUCGCCGACCUCGGCCUAGUCCCAGGCCAACCCAAACGCAUCCGAACGCCUUUAGAAUCCUUCCGAACGUUCCAUGAUGAUCCUUUGAGGGUGAUCAGGGCCGUGCGUUUCGCGGCGAGGUUUGGGGACACAUUCGAGCUGGAUACGGCCUUGGUCGAGGCCAUCAAAAGGGAUGAGAUUAGAGCGGCUUUGAGGGAUCCGAAGAAGAUUAGUCGCGAGAGGGUCGGGAUCGAGUUGGAUAAGAUGCUGAUGGGUCAGUACCGGAAUCAAAAAGUCUGCUCGUCUAGCUACGUUUCUGACCCAUCCCCUUCCCUCCCGUGCGUCGAUCAGGCAAAGACCCACAUCUCGCCAUGAAGUUGAUCAUGUCACUCGACCUGCACGAGCUCAUCUUUUACUACGACGCAUCGGUGAUCCCCACAUCGACCUCUUCUGAACCUCAGCUCCCUCUCAACUCUGUGAUCGAAGCCUCCUCAACCCUCACAACUUUGCUCGACCCUUCCUUCGCCUCCGCUUUACACCCCUUACUACGCCUCCAAGUCGUACCCCUCGACCCAACCCUUAUCAACCCACACUUCCCUACCCCCGCCCCACCAACCUCUUCCCCCUCCCCGCCCCUAGACCACUUCCCCAUUUACCCGCACACCAAACGUCGCCUCUACCUCGCCUGCGCCCUCGUCCCUUUCACCUCCCAACACCUCACCGACACCAAAGGCAAGACCCUUUCCGUCGCCGAAAAAAUCGUUCGCGAUGGUCUCAAAUGGUCAUCGAACGAUGCGUUGUGGGUUCGGAAAGUGAUGGAAGCGCAGGAACCUAUCCGGGAGAUGGUAGAACGAUCAGAGGGGGAUUGGAAGAGGGAGCAAGUGGGUUUAUUGUUGAGGGGUUCGAACGUCGAUGAUCGAGGUCAUACGAGGUGGAACGUCUCACUCCUCUGGUCCUUGGUUUACGAAUUCACCAAGUUGCGAUGCGCUCAUCCAGAAUGGUCGAAAGAACAAAAGUACGAAAGUUUGCGUUCGUUGAUCACGAGAUAUAAUGCCUUCGUCGUUCAUAUCCUUGAAUCGGGUCUCGAUACUCAAGCUUUCGAACCCCCCAUCUUGGACGGCAAAACCGUGAAUGCGCUUUUACCUCAAUCCAAGAACUCCCCCGCGAUGGUCAAGAUCCUCGAAAUGGUCGUCAAGCGACAAUUGACCUAUCCCGAGGCGACGGGGGAAGAGAUUGGUCGAUGGUUGACGGAGGAUCAGGAGGCGCAGGAAGAGGUGGAGAAGGCGUUGAAGAGUUUUGAGAAGAAGAGGGUCGUGAAGAAGAAAGGGGCCAAGUGA